CUCUUGACUAUGUAGCUAAUCAAGACAAGAAAAUGAUAAUGACCUGCACAUAUUUCUCUCAUUACGUAGAUACAAAAGCACCUGAGUAUAAGAAAUUUUUACAUCAGUAGUUAUUUAUUGUUGUCUUAUUAACUGAGUAUAAGAAAUUUUUAAUUCAGUAAUUAUUUAUUAUUGGCAAUACAAUAAUAGCUUAGUUUGAAAUUUUGUUUUAUUCUGACCUAAACUAAUUCAAUACUAAUAAUAAUCCAUAAUGGAUGAAGAUGAGAUCAUUUCAACAUAUCUAUACUAUGGGCGAGAAAAUUUUUAUCAUGCUAUGCAAGAAGCGGCUAUAAUAGGUUUAUCAAAAUUUACAAACCAUAACAUGUAUAAUUUAUAUAGCAGUAUAGCAUUAGUUAUAGGCGGAAGAGUACAAGAAGCUAUGAGGGAGCUUCUGCCCCUGGUAAAAGAUAAAGAAACAUCUCUUGCAGCUAUUCUAGCUUUAAUUUUUGCUCAUAAGAAAUGUUCAGUUAUUGAUAAUGAUGCUGUAUCCAAUUUGGAAAUCAAACUGAAAGAGGAACGACGUAGUUCUAAUUACUUAGCUAUGUAUCAUGCAGCUCUUUUUGUUUUCUAUUGUGGGUUUGUUGAAAAAGCAUCAGAUUAUAUUGAUAGAUCAUUAAAACUCAAUUCUGAAUUUGAUAAAGCCCAUGCUUUAAAAGGCUGGAUUUCUCUGCAAAGUCAAUCAAUGAACUAUGAAGCUAUAAGGCAACAUUUUGAAAAAUCAUUGCAAUUGAACAAAAGCUUAGAUUCUUAUCUUGGCUUAGUAAAAUUGCAAGUUAUGAGAAAAGAGUAUGAAGCGGCUAUUACAAAGUUAAAUAAAGUUAUUGUAAAUUAUCCCAAUUCAGUAAUACCUUUAAUCGAAAAAAUGUACAUACAAUUAGCAAAAUGGGAUUGGGAUCAAUCAUUAGACACAUCCUUACGAAUUCUACAUUGUGGUCGUAGCAAAAUAAUUUUAAAUGAGACAUUUAAACUAGCUGAAUAUGCUAUGCAAAUAAAUUCUGCAGACCUUGAUGUUGUUAUAGAAUUGGGUUACCAGUCACUACUUUGUGAAAAAGUUAAUGAAGCUUCACGUUUUUUUCAAUCAGCUACAAAACUAGAUAAUUGUUCUAUAGAGGCACUAUGUGGUUUAACUUUAUGCCAAUUGCUAGAAAGUGGUCCGAGUGAUCAAGUUUGCCAACAAAUAGAUUUUCUGAUGGAAAUACAUGGUAUUGAAAAUAUUCUGCCUUUACUAAAUUAUUUGUCGGCUAAAGUAGUCAAAAAUGAUUCUGAGAAAGCCCUUUCUUUGCUAAAUAAGUCCUAUGAAACUCAUUUUAAAGCUCUUCACAAUUUACCAUUUGGUGUAGAUUAUUUAAAUAAGUUAAAUCCAGAUUUUUUGCUACAAUUAGCUAAAGAAUUUUUAAUUCAUAGUCCAAAAAAAUCUGCAGUGAAAGAUGAUAUCUCACAAUCAACUAACAUGCAUAAGUCUCUUAAACAAGCAAGUAAAUUGUUAUUGGCUAUUGUACAAGCAUGUCCGGGACUAGUUGAAGCUCUAUUUCAAUUAUCUCGAGUUUACUUCUUGAGUGGCGAUCUACUGGAAGCCAACAAUACAUUACAAAAAAUUCUGGAAGAAUUGGAUCCUACGUUUGCUGAUGCACAUUUACUUCGAGCUCAAAUCAACAUACAACAGAUGUCUUAUAAUAAAGCAGCUCAGAGUCUUGAAAUAUGUCUUAGUUAUAAUUUUAAUGUCAGAGAAAAGCCUUUAUAUCAUUUGUUGAUGGGUAUAGUUCAGAAACAAGAAGGUCAUUUGGCUGAUUCAUUCAAGAGUUUCGAAAAGGCCAUGGAACUGGCAAGUGUUAAACAAAGCAAUAAAAGCAAUCUCAGCUUAGUGGACGAAGUCACACUCUAUUUAGAAUUGGCUGAUGCCCACAUGGAAUCAAAUCAACCAUUAGAAGCUUUACGAAUUUUACAAGAAGCAACUGAUGAAUUUAAAAAUUCAUCAGAAUUUGGCCGGAUCUUGAUAGCCAAUGCGGAUGUUGUGAUCAAAACUGCUGACAUACAACAAGCAUUAAAUCUAUUAGGAAAGAUUUUACCUGAUCAAGAAUAUUAUCUGCAAGCUAAAACAAAAGCAGCCUCAAUUUAUUUGCAUCAUCUCAACGAUCGCCAAGCUUUUGCCCAGUGUUUCAGGAAGUUAGUUGAAAAUUGUCCCGGUCCUGAUAGUUUUAUCAUGCUUGGUGAUGCAUAUAUGUCCAUACAAGAGCCUGAUCAUGCUAUAGAGGCGUACGCUCAAGCAAUAACUCAAAACCCAAAAGAUUCCGCAUUAGCUAGCAAAAUGGGUCGUGCUCUUGUGAAAACACAUCAAUAUGAUAAAGCAGUUCAAUAUUAUCAAGAAGCAGUUGCUAAUUGCCAAAAUGCUAAUUUCAAAUUAGAUAUGUCGGAACUUUACGCCAAACUGAAACAAUACGAUAAUGCUGAGAAAAUUUUAUUGGACGAGCUGGAAAAUAAUAAAAAUGCACAUGAUGAUAUAGCUGUUUUGCAAAUGCGUACUAAACAGUUGCUUCUGUUGUCCAGAGUUAAAGAAAAAUCAGGAAAUCUUACCGGCUCUUUAGCGUGUUUAAAAGAAGCUAAGGAUAAUCAACUGAGAGUGACCAAAAGGAUAUCAAUGGACAGGAAUUCAUCAUUAUUGGCAGAACAACAAAGGAUUUCCUCACAAGUAUGUGUAUUGAUGGCUGAACAUUGUUCUCAUUUACGAGAAGCGAAUCAAGCCAUCGAGCAUUACAAGGAUGCCUUAAAAUUUCAGCCAAACAAUAGCGAAAUACUUUCAUCCUUGGCCAGAGUUUACAUGCAGAUCAAUAAUUUCGAUAUGUGCGAAGAAACAUGCGGUAUCGUUCUUCAAUCCGAACCAAAUCAUGAAGCUGCUUCGGUUAUGAUGGCUGAUUUAGCAUUCAGAAAAGUUGACUUUGAAGGUGCUUGUUUUCAUUUUUCACAAUUAUUAUUAGCACAACCUUUGUACUGGACGGCUUUAGCUCGGCUUAUCGAAGUAAUGCGCAGGACAGCUAGGUUGGAAGAAGCAGUACCUUUUAUAGAACAAGCCCAAAAAAAUUGUAGCAGAUCCAACGGCGAUUCGGGUCUUGCAUAUUGCAAGGCUUUGUAUGAGUGGUACACAGGUAAUCACAAUGCUGCUUUAAGAUAUUUCAACAGCGCUAGAUGUGAUCCUGAAUGGGGCCAGCAAGCUAUUUAUAAUAUGAUUGAAAUUUGUUUGCAUCCUGAUGACGAUCCGACGAAUGAUUCUGCUGAAUUGUUCGAUGACGCAGAAUAUAAUGGACCGAGGACCAUGGCUAUCAGGACCGCUGAGAAGCUUCUAAGAGAACUAAAGCCUCGAAUAGGUGGUUUAGACAACGAAGCUUUAAAUCACAAACUCCUGGGUAAUUUCUUAUUGCUUGCUACUAAACAAAAAGCAAAUGUUGAUAAAGCCUUGCAAGAGUUUACAACCUUGGCAUCUCAACACAAAUACAGGGAACAAGUCGGUCCUAUCUUGGGCAUGUCCAUGGCUCAUUUGCUCCAGAAAAACACGAAUAGAGCUAAAAAUCAACUAAAACGAGUAGCCAAAAGUCCUUGGUGCUUCGAAGAAGCUGAAUAUUUGGAAAGAUGCUGGUUGUUAUUAGCAGAUUGCUACAUCCAAUCGUCAAAAUACGAUUUAGGGAGCGAAUUACUCAAACGAGUUUUGCAGCAUAAUAAAUCUUGCAUUAAGGCUUACGAGCUAUCAGGAUUUAUUGCAGAGAAGGAACAGAAUGUGAAACUUACUUUUGCAAAUUAUGAAAACGCUUGGAAGUUCGGAGGACGUUCGAAUCCACAAAUAGGUUUUAGAUUGGCAUAUAGUUUUAUGAAGAACAAACGUUAUGCUGAUGCUCUUGAGGUGAGUUAUCAUAUUUUAAAAAUACAUCCUGAUUAUCCCAGAGUGAAAAAGGAUAUUAUAGAAAAAUGUCAGAAUAAUUUAAGGACAUAGUAGU